AUGUCUGAAUUAAAAUUUUGUACAGAGAUUUUAGAAUCAUAUAUCGAUAUAUUGGCAGAUAUCGAUGGUUCUUAUACUAGUUGGGAUUCAGUAUCGAUAGCAUCAAAACAUAAUCUCAAAAAUCUUCAAGAAUCUGCAAACAGAACUAGGCCAGACUUUACCGUGCAAAAUUGUUCAAAUUAUGAUAUUUUUACUUUAGAAAGAAAAAAAGGUCGUUCAUUAUCUGAAAAUUUUCAAAUCUUUGGAGCAACGAUAGAAGGGUUUGAUAUUGUAAUUAAAAGAAUGAUAUCUAUUGAUCGAUAUGUUAUAAUGCAAGAAAUUUUUAUAAUUGAAGUUCCAUCCAGUAUUACAGAUUAUUAUAAGCUUAAAAGCUUACUUAGUAAAGUGAUAGCUUUGUCAGUCCUCAUCAAUCAAAGUCUGAAGGUUUUAAGAGAUAAUAUUAAUAGAGAUGUGAUCUGA